AACUGCAAUUUGGGGAUGAAUUUUUUUGCCUCGCAACCUCUAAUUACAUGUCAAUUUGUGAAAUUGUGUUGCUAAAUUGCGUUGCUUUUUUUUUUUUUAGAAAGUAUCUAAAUUCCGCUUCUUAAAAUUUCUAAAAUAGCUGUUAAAUUGCGUUUCUAAAUCAUGUAUGUUGUUAAAAUUAGGGAUUUUCUACCUUAAAAUUCUGGCAUGGUGGUAUGUUUAAGAGGCUUCCUUCUGGGCUAAAGUAUGUUGGUGGAGUGGAAAAAUCAUUUGAUGUAGAUGUUGAUGUUGAUGAGCUUUAUUGGUUUACUUUGGAGGAGUUGGCUAAAAAAUAUGGUAAUUAUUUAGUGAUUGAUGACAUAUAUUACCUUGAGCCUAAUGCAGAGAACUUUGAGUUGAAGAGGGUUUAUAGUGAUAAUGAGGUUAGGACUUUGUCUGCCAUUGUUUUAAAAUGUAGGUGUGUGGACUGUUUUAUUGUUUGUACUGCUCAUGUAACAAAAUUGGGUGGUGAUGUAGAAAAGGCAUGUGUAGGGGAUGUUGUUACCAAAACAAGAAAAAAGUUGUCUCCUAGGAAACAGAAAGUGCCACUGAAAAACAAUCAGGGGACCAGUUUGGGACUCUAAAUAAAGAAUGCAAAAAUGGAGAUAAUGGGUCUUUGGUAGUUGGAUCUAAACCCCCUUUAUUAGUUACAUCUAAAGCCCAAAUUGAAUUUUAUAUACAGGGCUCUGAGCUUCAUCCCUACCCAUCCCAACAAACUCCUAUUACAGCUUCAUUACUAACAAAAGAACCCUAUCCCCCACAACAGUUACUGCCCUCACAACCUGAAAAAUCUCAAACUAAAAAAAAAAACCUGAAAUUUUUGAUGAAUGAUUGAACACAUUGGAUGAUCAUCCUAGUCCUAUAACAAUUUAUGAAACAUAUGCUGAUAUAGCUGCUUGGAAUGCUGAAAAUAAGGGAGGUGACAAUGAGUUUCGAUUAGAUCAACCUGUUAACCAAGACCAAGAUGAGGCUGACAUUGAAGAGGAGGUGGUUGAUGAAGAAUUUACAGUUUUCUCUGGUGGGGAUACCGAUGAUGAUGAGUACAAAGAUUCUAGAGAGAAGAUAGAGGCUUGGAAUGCUAAGGCCUUGUCCAUAGCUAGGGAGUUACAAAAAAAGGUUAUCGACGAUGGACUUUCAGGUCAAACACAAGCCUUCUAUUGUAGAAGAAGUUGUUGAUCCUAAAGGGUUUGUUAGUGACUAUGAGAGCAGUGGUGAUGAGUUGCGAUCUACAGAUGAAGCUGAUGAACAUUGCAUAAGGAAUCGGAAGGAAAACAAGAAAUCAGUUGUAGUUAACGCUCAAACUGAUUUCUCAAAAUUCAGGUGGUAUGUUGGUAUCAAAUUUCCUAACAUACAAGAAUUUAGGGAAUGUGUAGUUAGAUAUGUAGUUGCUCAAGGGAGAAAUCUUCUUGGGUAGUUAGUGACAAAAGCAGAAAUCAAAGACUUGGAGUUAAAUGCAAUUCUGGUUGCCUUUUUAAGCUUUAUUGCAGUUGGGACAACGGAAUAAAGUCAUUGGUUGAGAAAUCGGUGAAGGACCAACACACUUGUUAUAGGAAUAUGGAGGCCAAUCGACAGCUAAAGUCAACCUGGAUCACAAAACAACUUCUAGAAUUAUUUAAAUCGAGGCCACAUUGGCCUGCAAAGGAAAUUGUAGAAACCAUUAGGAUUGCUUACAAAGUUUUAGUGAAAGUUCCAUUUGCUUACAAGGUGAAGUACUAUGCUCAUAAGCUACUUCACAGAUCAAUGAAAGAACAUUAUGCCAAGCUAGGUGCGUAUUUAGCAGCUCUGAAACAAUCAAGCCCCAACAACUACUUCAAGCUUAAGACAAUCAAAACCACAGAUCCACCCAUAUUCCAAAGGGUAUUUUUCUAUUUUGAUGGUGUUAGGCAAGGUUGCAUCAAUGGUUGUAGGAAAGUGCUCUGUAUAGAUGGAUGUUUCUUAGAAACCUUUUUGGGGGGCAUGCUCUUGAGUUUAGUGGGUAGAGACGGAAAUGAGCAAAUGUACCCUCUUGCUUGGGCAGUGGUGGACAGUGAAACAAAGGAUUCUUGGACUUGGUUUCUCAAACAUUUGAAGAAGGCAAUUGGAGAAGCAGAUGGUGAUGGCUGGACAAUUAUUUCAGGGUAUAUUGACUGCUAAAGCCGAGCAUAAACAUUGUAGUCGACAUAUUUUUGCAAAAUGGCACAGGGAAUUAGGGGUGAUGAGAUGAAAGCAAUGUUCUGGAAAGCUGCAAAGGCAUACAAUGAAGCAGAUUACAAAGAUUCUUUAGAGGAGAUGGAGGAGGUCAACCCCGGUGCUGUAAUUGCAUUCAACAAACACAAUCCCAACUUAUUUUGCAGGGCAUUUGUGAAGACUACAACAAAGUGUAAUGUAAUUUUAAGUAACAUGGCUGAAACAUGGAAUGGGUAUAUCAUACAUGCACGAAAUAAACAUCUCAUAGACAUGCUUGAAGAUAUAAGGGCAGCUCUCAUGCAAAGAAUGGUGUUAAAAAGAAAUGCUCUGGAAAAAUGGACUAAUAAAAUAUGUCCAAGAGUUACAGAUAAACUGGAGAAAGAGAAGGCUGAAGUUGACUACUGUUGUGCACUACCUUCUAACAUACAUCAGUUCCAAGUGAACCACAGGCUGGACUCCAUGACAGUUGAUUUACAAGCUAGAAGCUGCACGUGCAAAAUAUUGAAUUUGACUGGAAUUCCAUGUUAUGCCAUAAGUUGUAUUUUUCUUAUGCAUCAAAAUGCUGAAGAUUGGGUUGAUGAUUGGUAUAGCAAGGAAACCUAUCUAAAAAUUUAUAGUGGUUCAAUUAAUCCAUGUCCAGAAGAGAGACACCAACCUACCGUUGUUGCUCCACUUGAUCCACCACCAAUUAGAAUAGGACCUGGGAGGCCUAGGAAAAACAGAAGGAAGCAUCCUAUGGAGGACCCUAAGAAAAAGGGAAAGCUAACAAAGCAUGGAAUAGAGAUGGAAUGUAGUGAUUGCAAGUCAAAAAAUCAUAAUAAAAGGAAGUAACCUGACAAAGACAACAUUUAAUCUUUGGAGCCUGUUGCUAAGAGAGAAAGAGGGAGGCCAAAAAAGGAUGCUAACAUCUGGGUGGUUUUAAGACUUUUAACUGAACCAACACACCACAAUGCCACUGCAGAGCCUUCGAAAACUGGCAGAGGAGGAAGGGUGAUUAGAGGGGGGAGGGGUAGUAGACAUCUGGGUGGUUUUAAGACUUUUAACUGAACCAACACACCACAAUGCCACUGCAGAGCCUUCGAAAACUGGCAGAGGAGGAAGGGUGAUUAGAGGGGGGAGGGGUAGUAGACAUCUGGGUGGUUUUAAGACUUUUAACUGAACCAACACACCACAAUGCCACUGCAGAGCCUUCGAAAACUGGCAGAGGAGGAAGGGUGAUUAGAGGGGGGAGGGGUAGUAGACAUCUGGGUGGUUUUAAGACUUUUAUCUGAACCAACACACCACAAUGCCACUGCAGAGCCUUCGAAAACUGGCAGAGGAGGAAGGGUGAUUAGAGGGGGGAGGGGUAGUAGAGGUGGUGGAAGAAGUGGUGAUGUACGUGGUGGAAGAGGUGGUAGCAGGGGUGGAGCUAGAAGGGGUGGUGGAAGGACAGGUGGAAGAACUAAUAUGCCUAUUGGGAGUGGAGUAUUAUUCAAUGCUGAUGGUAGUGUGCAAUCUUUACAUUAAUAAUACUUGGGUUAUGUAAUUUUGAUCUUUGUAUUAGUUUAGGUAAGUAAGCAACCUGCUAAACAUAUGUUUAGGGCCCACUUUCAACUUUUUAAUUGCAUUUACAUUUAAUUUCAUUUUUUUGAUUCAUCUUUCCAAAAAUAAAACAUGUACAUACUAGGAAGCAGGGGAAUGAGCAGUAAGUGCGGUAGUACAUGCAAUGUAAUGGA